AUGACUCGAAGUGAACUGUAUAUCCCAAGAUACUCCUACAACUCAUUAAUCAAUCUUGUUAUCAAAUUCCCUAUUAUUGCUUAUAUUGUUGGAUUUUUUGAAGAUUUCGUAAUUGCAACCAUGAAAACUGGUCCAAUUCCGAAACAUAUCGCAUUAAUCAUGGAUGGUAAUAGAACUUAUGCUAAGAAUCAUAGAUUGCCUUUGAAGGAAGGUCAUUUUGCUGGUGCUAAUGCUUUGGUUAAGGUGCUUGAAGUAUGUUAUAAGAGCGGUAUAGAGCAUGUUACUAUAUUUGCAUUUUCUUUAGAGAAUUUCAAUCGAUCAAAAGAAGAAGUAAAUACUUUAUUUGGUUUAUUACGUGAUAAAUUAAAAAUGAUUUCUGAAAAUGAAGAAUCUUACGCUAGAUUUAAUAAAGUUAGAAUUAGAAUUAUUGGUAAUAGAUCAUUUAUCCCCAAUGAUAUUUUAAAGGAUUUAGAAUAUAUUGAACAAGUAACCACGGAAAGAUCAACCAAAAAAUGUCUUAAUGUUUGUUUUCCAUAUACUGCUCGUGAUGAAAUCACUUAUUCAAUUAAAUCAAUUGUUGAAAAAAGAUCAAAUGGUGAAAUUCAAUCUCGUGAUGAUAUAAAUGCCUCAAUGAUUGAAGAUAAUUUCUAUUUCGGUCCUGAUAUUCCUCCUUUAGAUAUCUUGGUUCGUACUAGUGGUCAUACAAGAUUAAGUGAUUUCAUGCUUUGGCAAUGUAAUUCAGGUUGUACUAUUGAAUUUCCUGAUGUUCUUUGGCCAGAUUUUGGAUUUUUCUGUAUAAUGUCAAUCUUAUUUAAAUGGAGUUAUUAUAGAACUAUUCAAUUAGAAGAAGAAGCUAUUCAAGGAAAUGCACCUGAAGUUAAAGAACCAAUUCCUCCGGUAUUGCUUAAUGAAUUACCUGCUCCUCCACCUCUCGUUUCAGUUGCUCAAAGAUGA